GCGGUCGUCUGGACAUUCGGUGAACAGAAAAGUUCUCUACAUGGACCCUAUGUAUAAAGGUGGUGCCUUGCAUCAGAACCCCCUCCAGCCAUGAGCUACCCCCAUCCUAGGCAUCCUGGGUAGGAUGACGGCCGUGUACCCCUCUGGGGUAGGCUCUGCUGGGGCUACGGUGGGGAGUUCCAGGGGCUCUGGGGCUGGGAGAACAGGCGGUCAGGACAGGAGAUAUGCCCGCUGGAGCCGUCAGGACAGCUCGGACAUCGCUACAGAUGAUGAGGGGGUCCCUGCCCGCCAACUCAGCCCCCUGGAGAGGCUGAACCUCGACAUGUGCCAGGACGACAGGGUGGUCCGUGAGCUCACAGUGGGCCGACGUAUCGGCUUCUACAAGGUCCGCGGGGAGAUCGGCUGUGGAAACUUCUCCCAUGUCAAGCUGGGGAUCCACGCCCUCACCAACGACAAGGUGGCCAUUAAGAUCCUGGAUAAGACCAAGCUGGACCAGAAGACCCAGAGGCUACUGUCCAGAGAGAUCUCCAGCAUGGAGAGACUACACCACCCCAACAUCAUACGUCUCUACGAGGUGGUGGAGACGUUGUCACGGUUACACCUGGUGAUGGAGUAUGCUGGUGGAGGAGAGCUCUACACCAAGAUUAGCAUGGAGGGGAAACUGUCGGACAUCGACAGCAAGAUUGUCUUCUCUCAGAUCCUCUCGGCUGUCAAACACAUGCAUGACAACAGCAUCAUCCACCGUGACCUGAAGGCAGAGAACGUGUUCUACACGUGCAGCACCUGCGUCAAGGUGGGAGACUUCGGCUUCAGCACGCUGAGCCGCCGCGACGAGACCCUCAACACGUUCUGCGGCUCCCCGCCCUACGCCGCGCCUGAACUCUUCAGGGACGAACACUACCUGGGCGUCUUCGUAGACAUCUGGGCCCUGGGCAUCAUGCUGUUCUUCAUGGUGACAGGAACCAUGCCCUUCAGGGCGGACACGGUGGCCAAACUGAAGCGCUGCAUUCUAGAGGGGGCCUAUGUGCUGCCCUGCUGGGUACAGGAGCCCUGCCAGAGGCUGAUCAGAGGCAUCCUCCAGCCCCAGCCCUCAGACCGCUGCAGUGUGGAGCAGAUGAUGGGCUGUGAGUGGCUGCUGCCUAUAGACUUCCCCCGGGCCAUGGAGCCCUUUAAACUGGACCCGUCCUAUCUGGCCGAGAGCACGCCUUCAGAGUUGGAGGAGGAUGAGGCGGAGGUGAGGGAGGCGCUGGAGAUACUAGGGAUCACCCCGGAGCAUAUCUUAAAUAAUCAGGGGAAGGACUGUAGGAGUUCUGUUACGGGCAUUUAUAGGAUUCUGUUGCACCGUGCGCACAAGAGGCGGGCGGUGGAGAGCAUGCCUGUGGUUACACAUGUGGUCGGGUCCAGCGUGAGUAAAAAGGACCGGCUAAAGGCGUACCACAGCUUACGGCACACCUCCAAGCUCUGUGUGAUUCUGUGACGAAAAGCCUUUGCUCCUAUAGUUGAACUUUUGUUGUAGUUUUUUUGUCAAUAAAGUAAACAUUUAUGUGACUGUGAAUGAGGAAUGAGGUGGUGAAUUUUAAAUCAGUGCAACUUCUGUCUAGAAUGUUUAUCGACAAAAUGUUCACCGCAGAUAAGAAAAACGGGGGAAAAAUCCUAAAGUUGGGAUUGACGUUAGGAUUUUUCUUAUUUUUAAAUCAGUCUCUGUGAGAAUAUACUUUAGCCUGGGUGCCUGUCUUUUUCGACUUUAUCUUACCAGACAAGGCAAAAAUUGUACAUACUGUCAUCCAGCAGACGCUUUUCUCCAAAGUGACAUACUGUUAACGCGUACGUAUAUUCAUAUGACCUCAUGCAGCAAUAAGUCCUACAACUCUGGUGUUACAAUCACAACCUGAAGCGACUGAGGCUUGGUAAAACCAGAUGUAGCAUUGUGGAAUGCAGAAAGAGUCAAGCAUCCAGGCUAAUGAGAAUGAAGAAUGUGAUAAUUUG